AUGCCGUCACUCUUUCGAACGCUUUCUGCUCGAUUUCGACGCGAUAAUCGACGUCGUUUCGAUCAGAAUCAACCUCGAGACAUCGAUCCAAGGAAACAGGUUUGCUGCAAGGUUUUGCUGUUGGACGGCACGGAUUUAAGUAUCGUUGUUUCGCGAAAAGCUCUUGGCGAAGAGGUUUACGAGCAACUUUUCUACACUCUCGACCUAGACGAGAGAGACUAUUUCGGGCUUCAAUUCACCGAUCACUAUCACGUACAGCACUGGCUAGAUCCAGCGAAACGAGUCUCAAAGCAAGUGCCCAUCGGUCCACCCUACACUUUCCGCUUUCGAGUUAAAUUCUACACCAGUGAGCCAAACAAUUUGCGAGAAGAAUUGACAAGAUAUCAAUUCUUCUUGCAAUUGAAAGCGGAUAUUCUAUCGACUCGAUUGAAUUGCCCAAAAGAUGUCGGCGUUGAGUUGGCUGCUUAUGCGUUACAAUCUGAACUCGGUGAUUACAAUCCAAUCGAACACACAGCUCUUUUCAUCUCCGAAUUUCGCUUCCAUCCGCAACAAGAUGAACAAAUGGAGUUGGAUGUAGUGGAAAAGUUCAAAGAAUGCCGCGGACAAACCCCGGCACAAGCUGAGCUAAACUUUUUAAACAAAGCAAAAUGGCUUGAGAUGUAUGGAGUGGAUAUGCAUAUUGUUGAGGGAAAAGAUGGGAAUAAUUACUCUCUCGGUUUAACCCCAACUGGAAUGCUCGUUUUUGAUGGCCCGCAAAAGAUUGGCCUCUUUUUCUGGGAGAAAAUUCAGAAGUUGGACUUUAAAAGCAAAAAGAUCACACUUGUUGUUGAAGAGGAUGCGGAUCCAGCGAGCAGUCAAGUGCAAAUGCAUACUUUUGUCUUCAAUCUCGCAUCGACGAAAGCUUGUAAACAUUUGUGGAAAUGCGCUAUUGAACACCAUAUGUUUUUCAGACUAAAGUUCAGCAAUCGACAAAACCCGCGACAACGGCAAAAUCAAUUAUUCCGAUUGGGUAGCACAUUCAAGUACAGAGGAAGAACCGAAUAUGAAACAGUGCAUCGAGAUGGAGGAAGAUUGUCGAGAAGAAGUUCUUCUCAUUUCGAGAGACGACCAAGUCAACGGUAUGGACCUCGACAAAGCCAUGCUCAACGAGAGAUGACAAGAAGCGAAAAAAGAAACGAAGCUCGUGAGGCACAACGUGUUCACGCGAUCACACAACAGACGACAUCAAAUCUUGAGACCUCCAUUCCACCAUAUCUACGCAGCUCAAUCCCGCCAACUGUGAACAACAAUAACAAUAAUGUUAAAGUAGCUGCUGCAGAAGCUCGACUAGACAAUUUGAUCUUUAAUUCAACAAAUUCCUCAAGACAAAGUCCUGAUUCAACGAGAUCUUCAUCCUCUGGCGUUCAUUCAUCUGGUGAUACUCCAACUCCACAUGUAACAAUGAUCCCAGUCGGAGCUAAUGAUGACCCGAAAGCCUUCUCGCAGAGCCGAAUCCCGAAAUAUGUUGUCUCACCUUUGCAGAAUGGAAAUGAGAAGGGAUUGAGCCCUCCACCAGCUCUUCCACGCCCAUCGGGAAUUCGAGCUCCCGUUGCUCGGGCUCCAUCUCCACGCACUCCAAUCACUCCACAAACCACAAUCACGCAAAAUUCCCCGGCACAGCCGUCAGUGGUUCAAUCGCGGAUUCCACGAAUGCAAAGCGGAGGGCUGAGACCGGCAGAGUUCGGCGCCAGUGGAGUCACAUAUAUCCCGAUCGUUCGCGGUGCGUCGUCCACUCAUUCUCGUGUCAUCACCGAGCUG